AUGCAAGUUUCAGGUAUAUUAGAGGACUUAAAGGAUUACCACAAAAAUGCUAUGGAAAGAGAUGAGAUCACAAACUUCAGAGAGGAUUUAUUAUCCUUAAUCCACGACUCAUACAAAAAAGGUUACCUUCGAGGUGUCGGUAAGCAUAAUAUUUCUGUCUCAGAUUUUACACAAAAUAAUUAUGUGACCAAAAUAAACAGUCUUUUACCCAAGCAGUCUCAAAUUAUCCGAUUUAAUAUUUUUUCUUUGCUGGCAAAGAUGAAUUCAGGACAAAAAAUAAAUAUAAAUAUUCCUUUGACUCUUAUUAGAAAUGAUGAGUCAUCUAGCUCAUAUUUAGUCCAAACCCUUCCAGAUGGCUCAGUACAGUCAAAACCACUGAUAAAUAAGAGCGAAUUUUUUAAUUGCAUAAAAAAUAAAGAAGAUGGAGAGUACCCAUCAUUUGUUUAUCGGGUCCACAACAAAGAUACAAUUUUAGCAUUUUCAGGGGAGAGUGCAGAAGAGAUUUGGAAUUCUUUUGAUGGACAAGCUAUUAUGCAAAGGUAUAUUCAGUGCAGGUCGAAUCCUGUAUCAAUAAUAAGAGUAUUAUGGAAAAAAGAUUUAAAAAAUCGUUAUUUUUCAAUUGUUAAUAAAAACAAAUAUAGCAACAGUUGAGUACAAAAUCGAACAAGAUAUAAAAAAGGAAUAAAUAACAGAAAUAAGUCAUUCAGCAAUUUAUCGGAUUUUAAGUACACAAAUAUGCUUCUCCCAACUACCCAGUCAAUUAAUAAUCCUUUCAAGCUCAAAAAGAAGUCAGGAAGUUGUUCAAAACUCCCCAGAUUAUCAAAAUCUUUCUUAAGCAUCCCAAAGCAUGAAUGUGACGCUGAGCCGAAAGGAUUUUCACUGUCCCAAUCUUUUUCUGAAAUUCCUAAAGAUGAAAAAGACACUGAUUCUAACCGAAACCCAGAAAGUAUUACAAGGGUGCAUAUCUUUCAAGAAGAGUCUAACAAAGAUCUGAUAAUAAACACAAAUGACUCAGAAAGCUGCUAUGCAGUUGAAACAUUUAUGAAAAUCCCUGAAGUGGAUGCUAUGAUAAACCAAAUUAUUACUUUUCUUACAACUGAUAUUUUUCCGCACCAGACUUUAAAAGGAAUUGUUUGUGACUUUAUUCAAAGCAAAAAAAAUGGCUGACUCCCCUUCCGUGAGCGAACAAAACCAUUAGAAAAAUCCCUAUUUUUUGCGCAAAACCCCACCGAUCGAACAAAAAUUUUUAUGAAAAAAAAUAAAUUAUAAGUAAGUGAUAAUUAGUAUAAUGAAAUCUAUUGCUAAUUCUGUUUGAUUUUAAACAAUUUGUGUUUUAAAACUUAAAUUUUUAUAAAAUAAAUAAAUUUUUGCUUUCCAAUUUUUGUGAAUGGGAUUUUUUUAAAUCGAAAAAAAAAAAAAUUAACCCUCCUCCGAACAAAAUUUUAGGUUCGCUCACAGGGGGAUGAGUGUUUUUAGGCUGCAGAGAGCAGCUCAUUGAUUUUAAAUUUUCGCUGGGUAUUGAGAAAGCGAUACGACCUCAAAAAAAGCUUGACUUUUCAAGAAGGUCUCAUUCUGUAGGCUCAACUUCAAGAUUCACUGAUGUUGAAACUGAGCACAGAAUUUCUCGGCAAGAGACUAAAAAGGCAAAUAUUGAAGAAGAUAAGCCAAUUAAUACCCCUUUGCCUUUUAAAUUCAAACCACAGCAACAAAGCAAGAAAGAAAAGCAGCAUCCAAGUGAUGAUAACGAUUUUGUGGAGAGGGUUUCAAAGGUCAACGAAAGACUUGGCCAAAUAAACACUCAGAAACCUCCAGCUUGCCUAAAAGAUUUUAAGCAAGACUCAAUCAAAUAUUAUCAAAAACGCAACCCUCGUAGUGAUUCUAUGAUAAGUCCACAAUGCCCAGUCUUCAAUAGUUAUACAAGAAAACCUACCAAAAGUAUGAUUCUAUCAGGACUUGACGAAAAAAGCAUAGCCUGUGCACAAAGGGCUCUUCGUGACGCAAUUGACAACUUCGAUGAAAUGGCUAUGAACAUGCAAAUAUCUAAAAUAAAAAAGCAAAAUUUAGUCGAGAAGUACGGUGGAGUCACAUUUUGAAACCAGCUUAUAGUGUCAUUAUACAAUAAAAUCCUUUCUAAUGAUACAUUAAAUAGGUAUUUCAAAAAUACAAGAAUGGGAGAUUUUGAAAUGAUCGUCUCUGGGAUGUUCAAAAUUUUCAACGGAAGAAUAAGCCUAGAGUUUCGAAGAGCUGUUAGAAAAAACCAUCAAGGAAGAGGAAUAACAGAAAAAGAAUUCUGGUUUUACGUUGAUAUAUAUGAAAGCACAUUAAAAGAGUUCAAUAUUGAUGAAGAAGACCAAAAAAGUAUCAUGUCACAACUUCGGUCCAUGAAAGGGCUUAUAGUAAGAUAA